UGGUUUCCCACCGCCCCUGAAUGCAGCACCGCCCCUCUUGGAGUGAGUCCACCUCUGCGCUCCAACCGAGAGGCACCGACGGCCUGACUGGCUGCGUGGGGAGCCGGUGUGGGCGCAGCGGAGGACUUUCCUAUAAAAGCAGGGAUCCCACCGCCAGACGAGCUCGUCUACCGGCAGACAGGAGCCACGAUUCCCCGCGAACAGCUGCGAUUUUUUUUUUCUCGCAACACACAGUUCGGAAAGGAAAAUCAUCUCAACCUCAUCCAAAAGGAAAUCUUAGUCUAUGGUUAUUACUGACGUGCCAACAAGGAUGUCCCGGACCGACGAGGUGCACCGUAUAACGGAGAAUGUCUACAAGUCCAUCAUGGAGCAGUUCAACCCCUGCUUGCGGAACUUCAUAGCCAUGGGAAAAAGCUACGAGAAGGCGCUCACCAGUGUCACAUACGCUGCAAAGGGCUACUUCGACGCUCUGGUGCGGAUGGGCGAGAUGGCCAGCGAAAGUCAAGGCUCUAAGGAUCUUGGGGAGGUGCUCUUUCAGAUGGCUGAAGUGCACAGACAGAUCCAGAUCCAGCUUGAAGAGAUGCUCAAGUCUUUCCACAACGAGCUGCUGACAGAGCUGGAGAAGAAGGUGGAGCUGGAUGCGCGCUACCUGAACGCUGCGCUGAAGAAGUACCAGAUGGAGCACAAGAGCAAAGGGGAGAGUUUGGAGAAGUGCCAGGCAGAGCUGAAGAAACUGCGCAGAAAGAGCCAAGGCAGCAAGCACCCCUCCAAGUAUGGAGACAAGGAGAUGCAGUAUGUGGAGGCCAUCAGCAACAAGCAGAGCGAGCUGGACAACUACAUCGCCGAGGGCUACAAGAACGCUCUGUCCGAGGAGAGGAGGAGGUACUGCUUCCUGGUGGACCGUCAGUGUGCCGUGGCCAAGAACGGCGGCGCCUACCACACCAAGGGGAAGGAGCUUUUAUCCCAGAAGAUCCCGGUGUGGCAGCAGGCGUGUGCUGAGCCCAACAAACUACCGGAUCGUGCCAUGUUCCUGGCCCAGCAGAUGAGCGGUGCAGCAGGCGCCAUGGUUCCCGGUGCUCAUCACCCCGGCAUGCCCAUUUCUGAGCCCAUCCCUGGUGCUAAACCCCUGCCGGUGCCUCCAGAGCUGGCAGUCCUCAGAGCCAGCGGGGGCAUGGGACAGCAGAGGCUGAUGGGAGGCGUGGAAGGAGGGAUGUCGGUGAUGAACGGCACGGCCGGCGCCCACGGAGGAGAAGACUACCAGCAGUGGAUGGAGGGCAAGGUGGCGCAGGGCAAAGUCUCUCCGCAGACCCAGCGGCAUGAAGUCUACUCCAACACCCUGCCUGUUCGCAAGGUCGCCCCUGCCAAGAGCAAGACCACACUGAUGGAGACCCGUACGCUGCCUCGGUCCAGCUCCAUGGCAGCAGGGCUGGAGAGGAACGGGAGAACCCGUGUCCAGGCCAUCUUCUCCCACGCAGCUGGCGACAACAGCACUCUGCUCAGCUUCACCGAGGGCGACGUGAUAACCCUGCUGGUCCCCGAAGCCCGCGACGGGUGGCACUACGGAGAGAAUGAGAAGACAAGGAUGCGUGGCUGGUUUCCUUUCUCCUACACCAGGGUGAUCGCCGACGGUGAAGGCGACUCCAUGAGGCAACUUCGAGUACACAACCUCCAUCACGGGAAAAGCAGCAGCACGGGAAACCUUCUAGAGAGAGAAGACAUGGCUCUCCCCAUGCCUGAUUACGGCAUCCACCAACGUAUGGCGGCACAGAGCGCUGCUGCGCUGCAUGGCAGACAACAACGCCCCUACAGCGUAGCGGUUCCAGGCUUCUCACAGCAGGGAGUUGAAGAGUAUGAGCCUCGCUUCCCCACAAGUUCCACAGAGGGCAAACUGAUAUCGACAGUGUGAGGACAGACAGACAAACAGGCACAGACUCAGCCAGAUGAUGCGAUAGGACAGGCACCUCGCUGACCCUCAACCAACCCAACCCCCCUCUCCCCCCCUACGAAAACCCCUACCUCCACCUCCCACCUAUCCCCAUGCUGCCCUACCUCCUGCUAACGGCAAUAAACUCCCCCCCGAGCCAAUCAAUCAAUGCGAGGAAGAGGCUUUGGUCUGUAUCUUUUCCCCUCUCCUUCUCACCUCCUCCUCCCCCUCCUCCUCCUCCCCACUGCUCCCUGUGCUGUCUAACUGGUCGGUAACCACACCGGGCCACUGGUGAAGCCUCGGUGCGAAGCCAAACCCGAACAAAACGGACUCCGUGCCAUCCAAACGCUCAAAAUCAAUGUGAUGGACAUUUUCUUUGAGGAAAAUGUAUCUUUUGCUUGUCUUUCAUGCAUGUACAUUUCUUUUUUAUAUAUAUAUAUAUACAUAUAUAUCGCUGGGGGUUAUAUCCCCCCCCCCACCCAAAGGAACCUGAUUUCCACAAAUGUCAGCGCUCUCCAUCGGAAUGACGAUGUAAAAGGAAUUGUAAGUCAGGGUGUAAAUAUUUAAUGAUGUUGAUCCCAAAGAGGAUUUUCAUAUUGUAAAAAAAAAAGAAAUAACAUUACAAUCAAUACUUUUACUGGGUCUUUCAGUAUCUAACAGUAACUUUACCUUUUCAUGCUGUGAGGUUUUGUAUCCCUCUGAGAGAAGAGGCUAUGUAUCACGAGUAGUGAAUAAUGUAAAUGUUUUAACUUAUAGAGCAGAGAGAACAUAUUACGGGAAUGUUUACUGUACAUAUAUGUGCCAUACAGAAGUGCUUGUCAUACAGUAUAUCUAUAAUCAGUUCAUAAACAAAACAAAAAACAAUAACGCACCUUAUGAAAGUAAUAGUCUAUAUUUCUGACUUUCUGUAAACAAACGUAAUGUAACAUUUUUUUGGUAUCAGCCUUUGAAAUUUCUUCAACUUCUUUAUGGAGGGAAACUGUGCUCAGACACACAAACCCAGGUGCUCAUCGGGGAGGGGGGGGGGGGGGGGGGUCCUUUGGCUAUCUGUUGUGGUGUGUGUGUGAAUAUCAUGUCAAGGCUGAAUGGGGUCAACUAAACCCUCGUCCCCGAGAGACACGCAAGGCUACGAGUCGCGUCUAUUAACAGACGAUUUACACCAAAAUAAAAGCCAAACAUUUGCUGACUCCAGCUUCUCAAAUUCAAAAGAAAAUUCUCUGUUUUAUAUAGUUGAAAAUUGAACAUCUUUAGACAAAACAAGACAACAUUUUACAGACUAAAUGAUUUCUAAUUCGCUAAAUUUAAUAUGCUAAUGAAAAUGAUCAAUAGUUGCAGCCCUAGUUCGAUUAACUAGUGUUCAUGCAUGAAAGAAAAGACAACUGGUACUGCUGUUUGGCUCGGUGCACAUGAUAUCGAAACUUCGCUUUACAUUUUCAAUCCUUUUAACUCUUGUUUUUUUAAACAUUCGGACACAUUGUAGUGCCUCUUACUAAAUAGAUUAAAUGUUAACGUGAAUUACAUAUUUUUAUGGCAACUUAAGACUUGUAAAUGAUUGUUAAUAACACAUAUGCUGACGAACUUACGGAUCCAAAGGAUCAAAUGAAGCAUCGGCAGCGUCGUGAUAAUGAAACAUUGGCGUCACUGUGCCACAUUUAUCCAACGUUGACAUUUCUAGCACAGCCUCUCCGCAGCCUUGAAGAGAGGGGGGAGAGAGAGGAACCUCAUUCAGCCUUCUUGUACUGUUGUCUCUGCAAUUAAAGGCUAUGAUUUAAAAAAAAAAAACAACCUCAGUGAGUAAAAGGCAUCAUGUUUCUUUGGAGGUAAAAAAGAACUGUUUGUCUGAUUCUCUCUCUGUGCUGAAUAAAGACGCUGAUGUGUCUGUAUGUCUGUAUGUCGGUCCAGUUAGUGCCUGUCUUUACUAAUAACCACUGUCCUGCUGUCGACAUCUGAUGUCCGCUAACAAUAGCCCACUAUCAAUUGGUCUUUCUCAUAUUGUCGGCUUCUAAAUCUCAUACAAAUGCUGACCAAAGAGAGGAGGUGAAAAGCUAAAACCUCUCCCACGCCUCCUACUCUGCAAAAAAAUGUCUGUCUUUACAAAUUAUUUAAGGUGAUUUAUUGAUUUGUUUUUCUUCAAAUGAGCUUAAAAAGCAGAUAUUUUCACUGGUUUUCUAGCAGUGUCACUUAUCUGAUCUGUUUCAGAAACAGAUUUAAUUGAAGAUGGACUUUUUUUGCACUGUAGUAAUGUUGUCCUUGCUGCGUAUGUCUGCUGUCUCUCUUCGCUCUCUUCUUCCUCUCCUCUCUGUUCGUUUGUGUGUGUCGGUGACCUGAACGCUCAUCUUUUUACCCCCGCAGCUUUGCCAACCCCCCCCUUUUUUUUCCAUCUCUGUUUUUGAUGA